AUAAGCCCACAUGAAGCUGGGCUGGGAUUGUGGCUCAGUGGUAGAGCAUAUUUGCCUAGCAUGUGUGAGGCACUGGCUUCGAUUCUCAGCACCACAUAAAAAUAAAUAAAGGAAUGUGUCCAUCUACAACUAAAAAAAUAUUUUAAAAAAGAAGAAGAAGGUCAGAAGCAUCGCUUACAAGUAAGGCAAAAGGAAUAAUUGAGAAGAAAUCAAGUAAAAUAAAUGAAAUAUUUCAAUCAAAGGAAGAAAUAGCUCUUCUCCUAAGAUGGAAUCUGUGAUUUGGGAAUGUGGUUGAUCAACUUGAUAUGUUGGCCAAAUGUGCCCUAUGUAAUAAAACGAAAAGAAGAGACAAGAUGAUGUCAUUUGCCUGUGUUGUGAAACCAAAAACAAAUGCCUUUUGUGAGACCAAGCUAACAAACCUCUGAUGGUACAAAGAGUAUUUAACUUUUGAAGAACUUAACAGUAAGAUAUAGAAGAAGUACUUUCAAGCUGAGACCUGCAGGUGUAUAUUGAUCUAAAAUACAUACUGAGUAGGCCUGAUCAUCUGAAUUUCAUUCAGAUCAAGGAAGAAUGGCUAUGAGUUGGAUGGUCUUCUCUCUUUGGCUCUUGACUAUGUUUGUGGGGCAUAUAAGUGGGCACAGUUUGUUUUCUUGUGAACCUAUUACGUUGAGGAUGUGCCAGGAUUUGCCUUAUAACACUACCUUCAUGCCUAACCUUCUGAAUCAUUAUGACCAACAGACAGCAGCUUUAGCAAUGGAGCCAUUCCACCCAAUGGUGAAUCUGGAUUGUUCUCGGGAUUUCCGGCCAUUUCUCUGUGCACUCUAUGCUCCUAUUUGUAUGGAAUAUGGACGUGUCACACUUCCCUGUCGUAGGCUGUGUCAGCGGGCCUAUAGUGAGUGUUCGAAGCUCAUGGAGAUGUUUGGUGUCCCUUGGCCUGAAGAUAUGGAAUGCAGCAGGUUUCCAGAUUGUGAUGAGCCAUAUCCUCGACUUGUGGAUCUGAAUCUAGAUGGAGAUCCAACUGAAGGAGCUCCAGUGGCAGUGCAGAGAGAUUAUGGUUUUUGGUGUCCCCGGGAGUUGAAAAUUGAUCCUGAUCUUGGUUAUUCUUUUUUACACGUGCGUGAUUGUUCACCUCCUUGUCCAAAUAUGUACUUCAGGAGAGAAGAACUGUCGUUUGCCCGCUAUUUCAUAGGAUUGAUUUCAAUCAUUUGCCUCUCUGCAACGUUGUUUACUUUUUUAACUUUUUUGAUUGAUGUCACAAGAUUCCGCUAUCCUGAAAGACCUAUUAUAUUUUAUGCAGUCUGCUACAUGAUGGUAUCAUUAAUUUUCUUCAUUGGGUUUUUGCUUGAGGACCGAGUAGCCUGCAAUGCAUCCAGUCCUGCACAGUAUAAGGCUUCCACAGUGACACAAGGAUCUCAUAAUAAAGCCUGUACCAUGCUUUUUAUGGUACUCUAUUUUUUCACAAUGGCUGGCAGUGUGUGGUGGGUAAUUCUUACCAUCACAUGGUUUUUAGCAGCUGUGCCAAAGUGGGGUAGUGAAGCCAUCGAGAAGAAAGCACUGCUAUUUCAUGCCAGUGCAUGGGGCAUUCCUGGAACUCUGACUAUCAUCCUUUUAGCGAUGAAUAAAAUUGAAGGUGACAAUAUUAGUGGCGUGUGUUUUGUUGGCCUCUACGAUGUUGAUGCAUUGAGAUAUUUUGUUCUUGCUCCCCUCUGCCUGUAUGUGGUGGUUGGGGUUUCUCUCCUUUUAGCUGGCAUUAUAUCUCUGAACAGAGUUCGAAUUGAGAUUCCAUUAGAAAAGGAGAACCAAGAUAAAUUAGUGAAGUUUAUGAUCCGGAUUGGUGUUUUCAGCAUUCUUUAUCUGGUACCACUCUUGGUUGUAAUUGGAUGCUACUUUUAUGAGCAAGCUUACCGUGGCAUCUGGGAAACAACAUGGAUACAAGAACGCUGCAGAGAAUAUCACAUUCCUUGUCCAUAUCAGGUAAGGGAAACCUUGUUAUAAAUUUCAGAAUGUGUAAUAGUAAAAGUAAG